AUGGAGCAUUGGCCGAAGCAAAAGGAGUUCUCGGCGACCGGAUUAGCGGAGGAAAGACGGCAGGUGGUGUUAUCAUCAACAGCAUCGAAUCCAAGUUUCAUCGAAGAACACAUAGCACGAUUCUCGACCUACACUACUAUGAUUCGUCAAACUGCUUGGUGUCGUCGAUACCUACGCAACCUACGAGAGGAGGCAGGCAAACGCAAGGUCGGACCGUUGACCGUAGAGGAGCUGCUACAAGCCGAAUCGAAAAUUAUACAGCGGGUACAACAGGAGGUCUUCGGCAGAGAGCUAAAAGCCAUUAGCAAAGGAGAGAGUGUAGCACGUCAAUCGCCCCUUCGCUGGUAUUGCCCAUUUGUCGCGCCUGAUGGUCUGUUGCGGGUAGGGGGAAGACUUGGGAAGUCGGGAGAGUGUGAGGAUGCGAAGCACCCAAUUGUGCUACCUGCUCGUCAUAGCCUAACAAAACUAAUAAUUCGGCAUUAUCAUUUGAAACUGUUGCACGCUGGACCGCAACUCAUAUUGAGCACAGUUCGGCUUCGAUUUUGGCCUCUUGGGGGACGUAAUGUAGCGAGACAGGUCUGCCACGAAUGUAUGCGUUGCUAUCGGACGAAGCCAGCAACUAUUCGUCAAUUUAUGGCCGAACUACCUACACCGAGAGUGGUUCCAGCAAAACCAUUUUCGACGACAGGGGUCGAUUACUUCGGCCCGAUCUACGUGCGACCUGGAUACCGAAGAGCUGCAGUGAAGGCGUAUGUGGCAGUAUUUGUAUGCUUCUCCACGAAGGCGGUACACCUGGAGUUAGCCACCGAUCUUUCGACGCCCUGCUUCAUCCAAGCAUUGCGUCGAUUUAUUUCACGUCGCGGAAAGUGUGCCCAAUUGUUCUCCGACAACGGCACAAAUUUUGUUGGAGCUAGGAACGCCAUGGAGAAACUCCUACAAAACCUACGGUCCAAGGAGCACAACGAAACAGUAGCGAAGUGGUGUACAGAUGAAGGAAUGCAGUGGAGUUUUAUACCGCCCGGCGCCCCCCACUUCGGUGGUUUGUGGGAGAGUGCCGUACGAUCGACGAAGGUGCACCUACUGAAGGUACUAGGUGACACAGCGGUUUCGUAUGAGGAUAUGACGACCCUCCUAGCCCAGGUGGAGUGUUGUUUAAACUCAAGGCCCUUAACACCCCUUUCUGAUGACCCGGAGGACUUGGAGGCCUUGACCUCAGGGCAUUUUUUGGUCACCACAUCACUGCAAGCGUUACCGGAAAAGGAUUUGACCAGCAUAUCACCAGGGAGACUACGACACCGAGAGCUGAUUCAACAGUGUCUGCAAUUUUAUUGGAAGCGUUGGCGGUCCGAGUAUUUGACCCAACUGCAGGCACGGACCAAAUGGUGGCAACCGCCACAGGAAAUCAAGACCGGGAGUCUGGUGGUAAUCCGAGAUGAUAAUCAGCCACCAACACGCUGGAGAAUGGCCCGUAUUCAUGCUGUACAUCCGGGGGACGACAACGUUGUGAGAGUUGUCACACUCAAAACGGCCGAUGGCUUCAUCAAGAGACCUGUCACCAAAAUUUGUAUCCUGCCGGUGGCCAAUUCAGGGGAAACAGAAGCAGCAGAUCCGAAGGAAAGUUCUGAAACUCCGGCUGUUUCAGGGGAGGGGAGGAUGUUGGAGACACCCUAA